UACUUGAUUUAUUUCUCUGCUCUGUUUGCAGAGGCAAAAUAUGGUCAAAGGGAAUAUGCAACUAUUUUCAGUGGAACAACAGAGAAGUCAAGCUCUGGAAGCUCAUGCUGCUGCUUUUGCACAAUUUAAAGUUCCAGGGAAUGAGAAUCCUUCUACUCUCAUUUCCUUUGCAACAAAGACUUUUAAUGCUGGCCAAAUUACAUCAAAGCUGCAUGUUAUAGAUCUUGGUGCCCAACCAGGUUGUCCAGCGAUUCCAAGAACUGUUUGCGCAAACGAAGUAUAAAGAAGUUGCUGAACUUGCUGUUGAGUCUCCACAAGGAAUUCUUCGUACUCCUGAUACAGUUGCCAAAUUUCAGAGUGUUCCUGUACAAACUGGGCAAACACCACCCCUUUUGCAGUAUUUUGGUACUCUCUUGACCAGAGGAAAGCUUAAUGCUUUUGAGUCAUUUGAACUAUCACGUCUUGUUGUGAACCAGAACAAGAAUAA